AUGAUGAAACGCGCUCUUCAUUCACUUGUGCCACGUUCAGUGAUUCGUAGUACCCCAUCCUGUCGUGCGACUGUUGUUUUUCAACAAGACUCCGUUAUAUAUAUGAGCCGUCGUGGUAUCUUUUCCUAUCUUCGCCCCAAAGCCCAGCAUGUGAAGGUGGAGGAUACGUUAUUUGAUAAACAAACCGUUCAUUACACCGGCACAAUAUUUGGUUUCUCCGCAGAUGCCGUUGUCUUUUACGCAAAAACCGGUGCUGCUGUUUUAGCCGUUUUUGUAGUAGUGACAUUAUUUCUAAAAGGAUAUGCCAUGCUAUCACGAUUUAGUUUGGCCACUGUGGCUCGAUUGGGAUUUAUGAGUGGGUUUAUCUCUAGUGCUGUUUUGUAUACAGUUCUCUUAGCCGUUGUGCGGCGGUUUAAAAUAAAUCCAAAUGCCGUUUAUAAUCAAUCCAUUGCACUUGUAAUGCGAAAUGAAAGAGUUAUCCAACACCUUGGCUCUCAUCCACGCACAGGCGAUUUCAAGGCGUAUUGUGAAACCGGUGGAUUUCGACUUCCACUGGUUCGUCGUAUUCGCAGUGGAUCAUAUGAACUUUCCGAUUUAUUGGGAUUAAAACCUCGAAAAAUGCAAAUGAUGUUUAUUUUACGAAAUCCUGUGAAUGGACGGGAGGGUCUUGUUACCUGUGAUGUGCGGCGAGAGACGACGGGGUUUAUGACGUCCUCCAACACAUUUAAAUCUUUAGCCGUCACGUUAACAGACACUUCACGUUCAGCAGAAACACAAACGGUUGUCGUGAUUGGUCGACCGGAAGAUGUGGUUUACCGUGGCCUGAUGAAUCUCUAG